UAUGGCGGACGUAAACAUGCUGUCUGCAAUUUUGGACGAUUUGUCCAACUCUGAGGACACUUUAUCCACUUUAUUGCAGCUUAAAACUGCCCUAGGUGCAAUCAACCCAUCUCAACUGAAAGAUGUGGUACCGAAUAUCUCAUUUAGUGCUCUAUUUGACUGUGUCAACUCGUCUGAUAGUGAACAGAUAGAAGUCUGUUGUGAUAUUCUUGACAAGCUUCUUUCACCUCUUCAUCCAGCUGUCAUUCUACAGCAGUUUCAAGAUGAGUUCUAUCAAGCGUUGUCUCACCCAGUGCCAAGGGUCCGUCUUCUUUGUACCAAACAGGUCUUACGUGCCUUGGGUGUGUCAUUUCAAGAAGUCAUCUCCAACCUUGAUCUGUUUGUGAAGAUGGUGAACCUUCUCAGCGACCAGAACCUCGGGGUGGCAGAAAGUGCCGGGGCAGUCCUGACACGACUUGGGGAGACAGAGGAGAGUCUGGAUGUGCUGUUCUCUGGGACGGUGGUUGAGGAGAUGAACGCAGUAUUGGAGAUGAAGGACGAGUUUAGAUACAGGAUGUUUCAGGUAAUAUCUAAUGUGGCCUGCUCCUCUCCUGCUGCGCUGUUGAAGUGCUCUGCAUCCGGACUCCUUCAACACUUACUUAAUGAUCUUUACAAAGAUGACAUCCUUGUGCAACUCACUUGUCUUGACCAGCUCUCCAACCUCUCCAUGUGUGACCAUGGCCUUCAAUACCUGGCGGAAAAUGGCACUGUAGAGAAAUUGGAGAACAUGAUGGGGAUGUUGGAGACUGAUGCCCUGGUCUCGUUCCUCUUACCUGGCCUGGUGAAGUUCUUUGGAGGCAUCGCCCGUCUUCACACAAAAGAAGUUUGUGACAGGAAUAGUGCAUUUUUGAAGACAGUUUUCCACCUCGUGACAGGAGGAGAUGAAACUCUCAUGACCAUUGCCAUAGAAACCAUUGGAUUUAUUGGAAAGUCAGUCGAAGGAAAGUUAGCGUUGGAAAGACAUAGCUCCCAAAUGAAGAUGGUGAUGAAGAAGAUUGGUAUUGUCAUCAAGGAUGCCCCGUCACAUGUCCGAGCUAAAGCUCUCAACGCCAUCGUCGACCUGCUCCAUGUCCGGCUCGAGGACCAAACGAACGAAACGUCCAGUGUGACAGAAUCUUGGUUCAAUAGUCUCGGCAAUCGACCCAUGGAACAGAUCAUGUCAAUAAGCACUCAGCCAUUUGCAGACCUACGCUACUCCACUUUCAAUAUCUACUGCGUGAUGGCGCUGCAAGCUUGGGGACAACAAACCAUGAACAGUUAUCCAGGUUUCAAUGAAUAUCUGUUGGAUCGAUCAACAGAAAAUGAAAAAGUCGGCAAGGAGUUGAAGUACAAGAUUGUGCGGACAUUAGUUGAGUCGCCGACUGCGGCGGUCAUUUAUGGUCAGCCAUAUUUUAUGAAACUGCGGGAAUAUCACAGAGAAGGUGCCUUCUAUGUGCGGGCGCAGGCUGAGGUGGUGAUGGAAGGAGCAUCCUAAGCCAUCAGUGACGAUAUUUGUAUCAAUGUGUUCAGACUUUUGCAUUAUUAAAUUUUGCCAAAUGACGGUCUCUAAUGUCAAGUUCCAGUUGAAAGCACCAGAUAUACUGUGCGACUGCUGUUCAUUUGCAUGUUUUGAUUUGAAGUGCCCGCUCAGCUUACUGGAAGACAUUUCUGCAAAUUGAGAUUGUCAGACUUUAUCUUCUGUAGACCCCAACUGUUCAGGUCUAAUGAAACUCUCUUUAAUCAGUUAUCAAUCGGUUUAGAUGAGAUGAAAUAAAGACGUUAUCAUUGAA